AUGACCUCCAGCGAGUCGAGCAGGGCUGUCCAUCGAGCCAGAUUCGUGAACUAUAACGGCAGUAACAUUACGGCACUGGGUUUCUCGCAUACUUCGAACUGUGAAAAACGUGCACCAAACGAUUUAAGACUUGCAGUAGGGAGAUCCAACGGGGAUAUUGAGCUGUGGAAUCCACGUAAUGGGUGGUUCCAAGAAUUAAAAUUUCCCGGGGGGAAGGACAGAACCAUCGAGGGACUUGUUUGGUGUAAUGUAGAAGGUGAACCUUUGAGACUGUUCUCGAUAGGUGGGUCGACGGCCCUUACGGAAUGGAAUUUGGAAACCGGCUUACCUCUGAAAAAUUAUGACUGUAACAGUGGCGUCAUAUGGUCCAUGGCAAUCAACUCGUCUCAGGACAGGCUUGCUGUUGGGUGUGACAAUGGUUCUGUCGUGCUUGUCGACAUUUCGGGCGGCAAAGGCUCCAUGGAACACGAUUUCAUUCUGCAAAGACACAAUUCUCGUGUUUUGUCUGUUGCAUGGCAAUACGACCAUGCCGUCAUUGGUGGUUGCGCUGACGGAAGGAUAAGAACUUGGAAUGCUGAGCGAGACGCGCCUACAAAAGGUCGUCUCUUAAACACGAUGAAAGUGGACAAAUCCAAAAAGGAAUCAACGCUUGUUUGGGUCGUUAUUUAUCUACCCAAAAUCAACCAAAUUGUUUCCGGUGACUCCACCGGUGCAAUCAAGUUCUGGGAUUGUCACUUCGCGACGCUCGUGCAAAGUUUUAAAGUUCACGACGCUGACGUGCUAUGCUUGUCUACUGAUGAAAACAAUUCGAAGUUAUUUAGUGCUGGGGUCGAUCGGAAAAUCUAUGAGUUUACUUCGAACGUGCCUACCGGUCCGAAGUCCCUCUCCAAAUGGAUUGUGACUUGCAAUAGAUUACUCCACGCCGGUGACGUCAGGACUAUGACCUCUUUUCAGGCCAAAAAUGCACAACUUCUCGUUUCCGGUGGAACCGAAAAAGCUUUGGUUGUCAGUCCGCUAGAUUCGUUUUCUGAUGGAAUAUACACCAAGAUUCCCUUCCAAGUGCCAUUUCAGAAAAACAUUUUGAUUAACAAAGAACAGCGGCUGUGCGUGAUGUGGGAACAGUCAGUUAUCAAAAUCUGGGCCAUUGGAAUAGACCAGUUGGAAGCCAAGAACUACAAGUUAGUUUGCAAACUAUCUUUGAAAGACGAGCAACACAUCGCCACUUGCGCUCUGUCUCCUGAUGGACAGGUUCUCGUCGUUGGGAGGUUGAGCUCUACCAAAGUGUUUCAUCUGCAACCACAGGCUUCAAAAGUCAAGGUGACAAAACUGGACAAUGAUUUUUUACUCAAGACAGGUUGCAAGCAUGUGCGAUUCAUCGACAAUUCGAAACUUAUAUUCGUAUCAGCGAAUGAUGAAAUCCUCUUUUUAGACCUUGAAGACGAUGAAAAUGACGAGAAGCCUCGCUUGAUAGGAAUGCCAGAUGAUUCGGAUUUUUCUAUUGCAACAAGGCUUGACUGGAUGAAUACGAUAGAUCACAUUGACGCCUUUGAAAACAGAGCCGUCAUUUCACGCCCCUCUGGGUCAAUACAAGUAAUAGACAUCGAAGAAGGUUCUGUUCGAACGCUUGCUCGUUUGCCAAAUGCUGUGACUGCCCUUCAACUUUCAAAAAGAGAUACAGUUCUGCUCACAACGAGCGACAAUAAACUUUUAGAGUUUAAUGUAAACCCCGAACACGAAGACUCGGUACUAUCACAGUGGUGCAAAACCAACAAGGAUCGCCUGCCGAAGGAUUUCGAGAAUCUGAAAAACAAGUGGUUGGGGGUUUUCUGUGAUGGGGAUAACGAGAAUAGAGUCUGGCUGUGGGGUGUGAAUCUGUUAAUGAAUUUAGACCUUUCUCAAAAUCUACCUGUGAGCUCUCGAAGGAAGCCCGAGAAACGUUCGAGGGACGGGGGUUCGGUAACCAAAGCCUCGACAGAUAUCGGUGAUGAAGACGACGAUGAAGACGAUGAAGCCAAUAUCUUGAACGAAUUUGCAUUGAGUUCCAAGCAAGUAACCGAGCGUAAACCUGUGGGUACCGAUAAAUCUUACUUUUUGACCGACAAAUAUAGGCCAAUUUUAUUCGCGGACGUGCUCUCUCAUAACGAACUAGUGGUCAUUGAAAGACCUGCAUCAAUGACGACAGCCGAUGUAGCUGCGUUUGACCUUCCAAAGUUGAGAUUUUAA